AAGCGCCCACUCCUUGUCAGGACGUAGACUCACUAGCCAGCCAGCCCAAUGAAUUUUGCUUCCCAAGAUAUGGAGCCGGCUCACCUAGUGUUCUGUCCCACUGGCGAGAAUUCUGAGCCUGCAGGCCUAGACUGCAACUCCACCAACCCCAACUAUUUGUCCCCAAACCAAGGACAGGACUCUCUCUACCAAGAACUGGAUCUGGAUUCCCUGGGUGAAGACAUUUCCCUGUCUGUUCCAGAGGCCAUGACAGAGACCUCUGCAUCCACCUAUGAAUCCCACCCAGCUUCAGAACCGGGUUUGUCGGAGGCUGAACAAAUGGAGCUCAAAUCUGAGCUCACUAAACUGGAAGAAGAGAUCGUCACAUUACGCGACAUGCUGGCAUCCAAAGAGAAGCGGUGCGGGGAACUCAGGAGGAAGUUAGGCUGCCUGGCCUUGAUGGGACUGAGGCAGAAUCUGUCCAAGAGCUGGCAUGACGUCCAGGACUCCAACACCUGCAUGAAGCAGAAGACUUCAACUGCCCUGUCCUCGGUGGGCUCUGCCAUCUGCCGGAAGCUGGAAGACGUGAAGAAGUCGUCCGCUUUCAGGUCUCUUGAAGGGCUGAUGGGGACAGUCAAGUCAAGAGUUGCAGGUGGCAGAGAGCUUGGCAGUAGCCUCCUUUCUUCACCAGCGGGUGGCAGUGAUCCACACUCAGUUCCGGGGAGUGGGUGUGAAACUGUUCCGGGACUUGGAGAUCAACUGCUCUCUGUCCUGAAGCCAGAGUGAGCCCUUUGUUAGCCUUGCGUGGCUGCCAAACCAGUCCAGAAGCCCUCUUCCUUCGUCACACUUGCCAAACAAAAACCAGCAAGCCACCAGCGACGGUAAAGCUAUUAUAAUUCUGGAUGAGGGCACAGUUCGGUUUCGAUAACAGGCUUGCCCGUUUGUGAAUAGAUAUUUGCUGCUCUUCAGUGAGAGAGAAGCCCACGUUUUACAGUAGUGAUUGACGCUACUAGAUGAAAUGCAUCCGUUAGCUUUUCUGAGGUUACUUUUAACGGACAGGGAAAUGGGUCCAGAGGAGUCAUAGACCAGAUCCCAAACUCUUUGGAAUAUUAGCCUGUUAGAAGGCCAGAGAGAUUUGUAUUUGAGGUUGGGGAAAGGUGUAAAAUAACCUGGCAAUAUAUUCUUCCCAUUUUCUUCAAGCACCGCUUGACCUACAAUGUUUAUUUUAUUAUAGUGCUGACGAUGCAGUCCCGCACUUUACAAUGCUGUACAAUUUCUCUACCCCCGAACUACAUCCCUGGUCUCAUAGCUUUUGUUUUUAAAAUACAGUCAAGAAAAUUGUCCAUCUAAAGCCCUCCAGAAAAGUGGAAAAAAAAUAUUAGCUCCUAUACAUUUUAUAAACUUUAUUUUUUCAAAGUGGCUAAUUCAGCAAAUCAAAUUAGCUUUGAUUCAGGCAAUUACUAUUUUGGACUCAGAGUGAAAAUGCAAAUUUGCAUUGCAUGUACUUUGCUCUCUUUGUAUAUUAAAGAUGGGGUUUGGCAUUUGACCCUUGUGGCAGCAUGUCUCCACCACAAGUCGCAUCUUACUCUGCUUCAAUUGCUAAUUAGUAAUCACCUUUAAGCUAAGGGACGACUGCAGGAACACAAUAUAGCCAGAUUUAAGAAAGCUAAGCCUCCCCAACCUCCAUUUUAAACAUUUUGAAAAGACUGUCAGCCCCAUGUAAUGCUGACUGUUAUGCCUUUGAAUCGGCCUAACUGAACACAUACCACUAUUCUGCUUGACUCUAAACCUGCCCUUGGUUUUAACUUCGACUCAGAAGGAAGAAGGACCCAGUCCUCCCAAGGUAGCAGAUCUAUAGAAACCUGUGGAAACUUGGUCUGAGUUUGUUCAAGCUUUCUAAUAUCUGAGUUUCAUAGGAACUACAUUUUGGUUUUGGUUUUGGUUUAUGUUUGGAUUUUGUUUUCUGUUUUCCGCUUGCAAAAUGCCCAUCCCAGUAUCUUCCUUCUUUUCUCCCACUGUAGUGAAAGAGGAGUUUGUGCUGCCUUGAUUCACAGCCCUCUGCUAUUUGUUUGACUCCCUUUCAUUAACCCUUUAUUUCCUACAAGCUGGCCCUCCCGUCCAAGCCCCCUAGCCUGUUUCGCUGUUUCCUGAGUGUUUCUUUUCGCAUCCCUUUUGUUCUCAGAAGCGAAACUAAACACUGCUGUCAGUGCAGAAGCUCCGGGUAAAACUAAGGCCAUUGAUAAAUCCUGGCCCUCUACCGAGUCCCAUAGGCCAUAUUUUGCUUGG